UCAAAAACAGCAAGCUGCAAAAGUACAUGCAUGAAUGUUUUAAGUAACAAUACAAAUUGAAUAAAAGCUUAUUUUAAGUUUAUAACAGUUAAAAUUAUAUAAUUUCAACAUGGAUGGAAAAACAACUAAAAUGCCCAAAGUGGCUAAGGUAAAGAACAAAGCCCCGGCUGAGAUACAAAUCACAGCUGAGCAGUUAUUGCGAGAGGCAAAAGAGAGAGAUUUGGAAAUAUUACCCCCACCGCCGAAGCAGAAGAUAUCCGAUCCGGAGGAGCUGAGAGACUAUCAACACCGUAAAAGAAAAGCCUUUGAAGAUAAUAUUCGGAAGAAUAGACUUGUAAUAGGCAAUUGGCUUAAAUAUGCACAAUGGGAGGAAUCACAGAAGCAAGUACAAAGAGCCCGAUCUAUUUACGAGAGAGCAUUGGAUGUUGAUCACAGAAAUGUUACCCUAUGGCUAAAGUAUACAGAAAUGGAAAUGCGGAAUCGACAAGUGAAUCAUGCAAGGAACCUGUGGGAUAGGGCAGUUACCAUCCUGCCUAGAGUAUCCCAAUUUUGGUACAAGUACACCUAUAUGGAAGAAAUGUUAGAAAAUGUUGCUGGAACUAGACAGGUAUUUGAGCGAUGGAUGGAGUGGCAACCAGAUGAACAAGCCUGGCAGACUUACAUAAACUUUGAAUUGCGGUAUAAAGAACUUGACAGAGCUAGACAAAUAUACGAGCGAUUUGUCAUGGUCCAUCCUGAUGUAAAACAUUGGAUAAAAUAUGCUAGAUUUGAAGAAAACCAUGGCUUCAUUAAUAGUGCCAGAAAAGUCUUUGAAAGAGCGGUUGAAUUCUUUGGUGAUGAAGAACUAGAUGAAAGAUUAUUCAUUGCAUUUGCAAAAUUUGAGGAGAACCAGAAGGAACAUGAUAGAACAAGAGUCAUUUAUAAAUAUGCUUUGGAUCAUAUUCCUAAAGAUAGAAACAAGGAGCUGUAUAAAGCCUAUACUAUACACGAAAAAAAAUAUGGCGAUAGGUCAGGCAUUGAGGAUGUCAUUGUUAAUAAGAGGAAAUACAUGUAUGAACAGGAAGUAAUAGAGAAUCCUACUAACUAUGAUGCUUGGUUUGAUUACAUAAGACUUGUUGAAAAUGAAGGCAAUGUGGAUGAUGUUAGAGACACUUAUGAGAGGGCUAUAGCAAAUGUGCCACCAUCAAAAGAUAAACAGUUUUGGAGGAGAUACAUUUAUCUAUGGAUUAAUUAUGCACUCUACGAAGAACUUGAAGCAGAAGACAUAGACAGAGCUAGACAAGUUUACAAAACUUGUCUAGAGCUAAUACCACAUAAAAUUUUCACAUUUUCAAAAAUUUGGUUAAUGUACGCACAGCUAGAAGUCCGGUGCAAAAAUUUAAAGCAAGCUAGAAAAACACUCGGAAUGGCACUUGGAAUCUGUCCAAGAGACAAACUGUACAGAGGCUACAUAGAUUUGGAGAUUCAAUUGAGGGAGUUCGAUAGAUGCAGAAUAUUAUAUCAAAAAUUUUUAGAAUAUGGUCCAGAGAACUGUGUAACAUGGAUAAAAUUUGGUGAACUUGAAACCUUACUUGGCGACAUAGAUAGAGCGAGAGCUAUUUAUGAAGUAGCGGUUUGUCAGCCAAGACUUGACAUGCCUGAGUUAUUAUGGAAAAGUUAUAUUGAUUUUGAGGUAUCUCAAGGCGAAACAGACAAAGCGCGGCAAUUAUAUGAGCGAUUAUUAGAAAGAACGGUUCAUGUAAAAGUUUGGCUUUCUUAUGCCAAAUUUGAAUUAAAUGCGGAAAACCCAGACAACAUCAAUAUUGAAUUAGCGAGAAGAGUUUAUGAACGCGCAAAUGAUAGUCUUAGAACAGCUGGUGAAAAAGAAUGCAGAGUACUGUUAUUAGAAGCCUGGAAAGAUUUUGAAACAGAAAUAGGAGAUGAAGACAAACUUGAUAAAGUUUUGGCUAAGAUGCCUAGAAGAGUUAAAAAGAGACAGAAGAUCGUAAGCGAGGCAGGUGUUGAAGAGGGAUGGGAAGAGGUGUUUGAUUACAUAUUCCCUGAAGAUGAAAUGGUUAGACCAAAUCUGAAGUUAUUAGCAGCUGCCAAGAAUUGGCGUAAAAAGCAAAUAAUACCAGAAAUUGCAGAGUCUGACAUUGUUACAGAACAAGCAAAAGAGAGUGAAUGUGCAGAAGAAAGUGAAAGUAACAGUGAAACAUAACUUAUGAACUUUAAUUUCAAUCUAAAUAAAAAAAUUACAUUCAAUCAAACAAAACUAAAAUUUCA